AAAUAAUUUGUGUUAGCGUAAUUCUCUACGGAAUUGCACUCGUAAAAGAAAAUAUAUAUUUGGGGUUCUUGUCUGGAUUUUUUGUAGUUUUUUAAACAAAAAAAUCGAAAUGGUAUUAAACGAAUCUGAAGUUGAAAAAAAAAAGGAGUCUACAGAUGAAAAAAAGGUUGAAAGUGAAACAUCGGCAGAAUGUUUAAUGAAACACCCACUUCAAAAUGAAUGGACUCUUUGGUAUUUAGAAAGCGAUCGUACGAAGUCAUGGGAAGAAUUACAAAAUGAUAUUACAAGUUUUGAAACAGUUGAAGAUUUUUGGAGUUUGUAUAACCAUAUUAAAUUAGCUUCCGAAGUAAGAAUUGGAAGUGAUUAUUCAUUAUUCAAAAAAGGAAUUAGGCCAAUGUGGGAGGAUGAAGCUAACAUCAAAGGUGGCCGUUGGGUUAUAACAUUAAAUAGACAACAACGGAAAACCGAAUUAGAUAAUUUAUGGCUGGAUGUACUUUUAUGCUUAAUUGGUGAAACAUUUGAACAUUCAGAUCAGAUAUGCGGCGCUGUCGUCAAUAUUAGAGCAAAAGCUGAUAAAAUUUCAGUUUGGACCGCUGAUGGCAGUAACAAAGAAGCUGUUAUGGAAAUUGGUCUUAAGUUAAAAGAAUCGUUACGUAUGGAACAAUUAACCGAUAAAUUUGGCUUGGUUUAUCAAAUGCAUAAGGAUACCAUGGUCAAACAAGGUUCUGGAGUGAAAGUUACAUACACUUUAUAAAAUAUUUUUAAACGGUGAAUUUGUCUUCUUGAAAAUAUUCUAUUUGAUUAUCAGUUCAUCUUCUGCAUAGAAAAAUUUUCAAUUAUUUUUUAAUUAAUUUUAUAUAUCAUGUUAUAUCCGUUUGAUGUAUUAUUUUAUAUAUUAUAUCAAUGCAAAUGGGUCCCUUUUCAACUUUGUACUCAUAUAAUACAUAUUUUAAAUAAAGAUCAAAAAUGUAUUUUGGAAA